UAAUGUAGAUCACAGUGAUUCUCAAGCCUUUAGAACCCAUCGAGUACUAUUGGUAAAGGACAUUGGGUAAUUUUUUUUGAUUGCGACCCCCGGAGGCCUAUGAUUAGCCUUGACCGGUAUUGGAUACGGUUGCGUCCCGUGAUAGCUACGAAAGUGCUCAGUUUUUUUUCUUCAUUACGCAUUGUACCUUUUGAAUUUUUCGCAGCCAGGAGGCUUUGCUCUUAAGGUGAGGGUAAUGUAACGGGAGAAAAUUGAUCAAAAUUGUUUAAGGAAACAAUUCAGUUAUUUAUUGUUUAAAUUGGCAAUAUUAGGAAAUUGGCAAAACAUUGUGUCACGAUAUUUACCUAGCAGGUUAAGUUAGAGUUUUUCUAAAAGACACCUGUUGCAAGUAAUCUAUAAUUCACUAUUUUGGUCACGAUAGUAGGGAUCGCUGAUCUCAGCGUUAACUACCUGGAAACAAGCGUUAAGGCCAGGAAUUUAAAGUGAUGAAAAGUUACUUGUACCAGUUGUACGCUUUACUUGACUUUCUAGUUACAGCCAAUAAUCUCCUGCGUAUGUUACCUCAUCUUAUGAUAUUUUUGCUAUUAUCAAAUUGAUUGGUUUUCGAGUUUUACGCGUUAUAGUUCUAGCAAUCAAUUAUGUAAUAUGACCUCUAAAGAAAGGAGUUGUAAUCACAUAAAUAGAGCAACAACACAUUGUAAGAUUAGAGACCACCUAGCGAAUGCUAGCUAUCAGUGUUGAAGAUUAAACCAAGAGUUGAACCAGAAAUUACUCCGUGCUCUGUAUCCAAGUCUCGUGCCGUCUCGUAGGGUAAAAGUUCAGAUUACGGGCCCUGCAAUUCGAGUCGCUACUACCGAAGCUAGUCCACCCCGACAUUCGGUGAAACACGAAGUACGAACAAAAUUCUUACCGUAACAGUGGUGGAGAAUCCGGGUAAUUGGAACAGAGGAGGUCUCUCACGGAGGCUAAGAAGAAAAAGAAAAAGAAGAAGAAGAAGAGGAAAAAGAAGAAGAAGAAAAAGGAGAAGAAAAGAAGCAAAAGAAGAAUACGUUAUUCUAGUAAGCAAACGUCAUCGAACUAUCGCAACUCGAGUCAUUUUGAGUUGUUCAGCGAAGGACAUCCCGUACAUUGUACUAUUUCAAACAGCAAAGAARCACCAGUYGAGAACACUAUAUACGUCAAGUUCAGAGGAACAGCGUUCACAAUUAACAAGUAAAAAAAUAUUGAAGAAUAGGAAACCAAAGGUAAAGAGGGCAUCGUUUAUUGUAUUGCAUAUUGACCACGAGGAGUCGUCAAACGAGAGUGUAGAUGCGUCUAGCUCAUUUUUCUUAUCCCUCUCCGAGCACCAAAGUUUCCGCAUUUAACAGAAAAGUCAACGAGUUUUGACGAUCGUAACCAGAGGACCAAACGGGUACCAGUAAAUUUGACAGGUGUUGUUACGCUCAAACGAACAUUGUACAGUCUACGUUAAGUGAUUCAAAGAACAACAAAGAGACUACGGGUGACCGAUACGUGUCACUUGGCCUCGUGUACAGAAACUAACGUACAAUUCUAAACGCUUCAAAAUACACAUGAACAAAGUAGUGGAAGCUUUCAAGAAACGAAAACAAGAAAAAGCAGAUAAAGAGGAACUUGAAGCAAGCCUACACUACUCUACAAGAACACCCACCAGUCCACCGCCAGGGACACUGGCCGCAGUUAAAAAGCAUCGCCGUACACACUCUACGCCGAUCGCUCGAUUAGAUUUCUCAUUUCUUGAAGAAAGCAGAAUCGAUAACUCUAUCGAAGUGGACUCCGAGAUCUCAUUUAAGCCCAUACACCAACCAGAACCAGAACAGUCCAGCGAUACCGAGGACGACACUUCAAGUGAAGCCUCCUCCGACUUAUUACGUGACGCACAAYUGAGUUGGGACGACUCUAGUCACGCCGGUAAAAUGGAACUACAGCAAGCAACAGAGGCCGGAACUAGUCCUCAAAAUAACCCACCGUCUACGGCUUCCCAAUCAAACGCCGCCGGAAGUCCUCCAACUGUAACCUUAGAAAUGCUGAUGCAGGUUCUAAACACAAGGAUGGACAAACAGACUGCAAAGAUGGAUGAACAAAGGAGGGAGAAUAAGGAAGAUAAUAAAGUUAUGAAGGAAAAGAUGGACAAGCAGAUUAAGGACAACCAAGCAAUGAGGGCUGAAGUUACCGAGAAAAUAGACAAACAAAACCAAGAUUUAAAAGACUUAGCCCUAAAGUUGGAUCAACAGAGCGAAUAUUGCAGGAGCGCUAAUCAGGAACUGCGAGAAGAGCUCAUAACCCGCAUCGAUCAACAGGCUAAGGACAGCCAAGAGAUCACCGAACAAUUAAAGGACAACCAAGAACGACUUCAAGCAGAGCUAAAGAAUAGUCAGGACAAAUUGAAAGACGAUAUUAAAGAUAAUCAGGACAGGCUCAAAGCUGACUUAACCCGUCAACUGAGUGAGCAGCGAGAGGAAUGCAAGCGAGUUAACCAAGAGUCCGCAGAAAGAAACCGAAAGGCCGUCUUCGAGAUGACCAGUCAGCUGAGGACGGGACAGGCCGAACUGCAUACUCAAUGGCAGGAAUUUCAAGCUGAGACGCAGGAGCAGCAGAAGAAAUUUGGCAUCUCCAAUCUUCUUAUGGUCAAGCUCGGACAGUGCUCUUUGGAGUUCAUUUUUGGCUCCUACAAAGUUCGUUCCUUGAUCCGAGCGCAGUUGUCUUACUGGACCACGUCGUCCGAUAAACCUUCGGUAGGCGUUGAUAAAGGAGUCUGUUUCCAUUGUGUGGAGGACUUCGAUGUGGAUGGCGCGCGAAGCCAUACACGUGAAGAUCGCGCCAUAUCUCUUCAAUUCUUUGCGACCUUGUUUAAUCAGAAAGGGACCAAAGCAGUCAACUCCUGA